AUGCCUAGAGCAAGUGACCUCCUUUUAUCAGUUUCAGUUUGUGCUGAAGUAUACAAAACCAAAAUUGUUGAACUUGCCUUAGCAUCAAGUGAAGAACUAAGACAAAUGACUCAACAACAAGAACCAUUAUGGCUAUUUGACACAAAUAAGCAAACAGAAGUACUCAAUGAAGCAGAAUAUAAACGACGAUUCGUCCAUCUUGAUCCAAGUUUAGAGGAAAUUAUCAAAUUCAUUGCAAAUGGAAGGCCUAUUGACAUGCCAAAUUUUAAUGGAAAUGUCGAUAUUGAGAUGGAAAAUUCAUCGACUCCUUCUGUUAUUGAAGCGUCUAGAGCAAUUGGAAUUGUACUUGUGGAUCCAAUCAACCUUGUGCAUAUGCUGAUGGAUGUCGACAAUUGGUCAUGUAUGUUCUCCAACAUUGUUUCAAAAGCAACAAAUCUUGGACUUCUUUUGAUAGGAGGAGAUGGAACUCUUAAUGGAGCUUUACAAGUGAUUCGUCUUACUUUAAAAUUCUCAAGGCUUGUCAUUUCAAUGAGGGAACAUGGUUGGAUUCAUAUAGUCGACCCUAACUUGUUUGGUACUAAGACAAUAAUUUUUUUUUUUUUUCAGAUGACAGCACAGUUUCAUCUUCCUUCUCCACUUGCUAGGCCUCGCGAGGUCUACUUCGCGAGGCACUCUCGACAACUAGAUUUCAACACUUGGCUAGUAGCAGAUGUCUCUUUAGAGAGUGUUUUUCCUAAUCCAUUAGUACAGUAUAAAAGAAGACCAUCAGGAUGCCUAAUCCAUGGACUUCAAAGUGGACUAUCAUUGGUUACUUGGGUGGAGAAUAAUUUAGUAUGUGAUGGUUCGAUUCCUGAAAUGUUCAGGCAGACGUUUAAAUCAGGCGUUGCAUUCAGCGCGAAACGCUGGAUGUUAACCAUGGAGAGACAUUAUGACAGAUAUGCAAUUUUGCAGAAACAACAUAAUCAACUAUUGGGACAACCUUUGCAAGACAACAACGUAGGGGAAGGACAGAAGAAUUUAAUGAAGCUAGCAGAACGAACGAUCAAAAGUUACAAUACUAUUUUUAGCUCAUGCAGAGAAAACCAGUGGAUGCCCUUAAGUAUACAUGGUGGUGAGGAUAUAUUUAUUAAAACAAACAUGAAUUUAGAUGCUCCAGGAACCCCUCGUGGUGUUGCAGUAAUGAUAUCAACUUCCUUGUGGCUACCAAUACCACAGAACGACAUUUUUAAGUUCCUUCGUGCAGGGGAAAAUCGCUGGAAGUGGGAUUUACUCUCCUAUGGGUGUAUGACUAGGGAUGCACUUCAUAUUCCCUCAGCAAGAGACCCUGCCAACUCUGUUUCACUAGUCAUAGUGGAGCCUCCCAAUGGAAGAACAGACAAGUCAGAAAUGUUUUACCUACAAGAAAGCUUCUCAGAUUCAACAGGAAUGUACAUAAUUUAUGCACCAGUUGAUGGCUCAGCUGUGCAAUCUAUUAUGGAAGGCAAAGACUCUGAUGGUGUAGACAUGUUGGCUUCAGGAUUUGCUGUCCUCCCUUGUACUUCUGAAGGCAGUAUUCUAACAAUGGCAUUUCAGUUGAUGGAUGAAGAGAUAUCGACCCCGGAGUAUCUUCCCCCGCACUCAGUGUUUACAGCAAACAGGCUCGUAUCGGAAACAAUCUCCCUUAUCAAGGCUUCAUUGAUGUUCAACUCUGCAUUUUGA